UUCAAUGUUGUUAAGAUUAGAUUCAGUCCACGAUGUGAAAACUACACGAGCACAUCGUCAUGACGGAGUUCCCCUCAGCCACACUGCAGCACCCAGGGACCAGCUCCAGUUCUGACGCCAUUGCCUGGUUCUAGAUCAGUUGCAGGAGCAGCUUCAUAAAGUUGCUGAGAACAGUGGGUCGUCCCCAUGGCGCUCAAACCUGUGUGCUUAUUGAUGCUGUGGGGCCUCACUUUGUUGAUUCAUGCCACGUCUUCAUGCAUUGUGACCUGCUCAACGGACUAUGAAACUCUACUGAAUUGUUCCUGCUCAGGCUCGAUGCCGACACAUCCUGUCACACUCCAAGUCACUUGCAGUGGUGACGAUGAAGAGGUUGAAGGCAGUUGUGAAGUCGAACCGCCUCAGUCCUGGUGCAUAAUCGCCCCGAAGAACUUUGAUGACGUUACCUCAGUUGGAACCAUCUGUAGUGCUAAAGUCAGCCGACAAGAUAAUGGAGAAAUAAUGAGUGAGUCACCCAGCUGGGGACUGUGUGAUGUGGUGAAACCUAAGCCUCCUUCCAAUGUUCAAGUGACAAACACAAAUGGAGUCUACAACAUCACCUGGGACAGCGACAACCAAAAAGACUGUCUCGUAUACAGUGUGCGCAUAAGAGAGAGCAAAGACCUGUCGAAGCAUCCAGUUCUUCCCCUUUUUAUGGAAAAAAAGUACAUUGAGUUAGAACAUGACAAACUCCAGCUGCAUGUCAACUACACUGUGGAUGUUCAGGCCAAAAUGUGUCCCGACAAUACUUAUCAUGGUCCGUGGAGUGAGUGGAGCGCUACAGCAGAGUGGAGAACACGAGCUUCUGUAGAGACUGAAGGAAAUAAUAAACAUUGGUGGUGUAUCCCGGUGGGACUCUUUCUGAUCCUCGGCAUCGUGUUGCUGGGUUAUUUACAAAAGCCGUUUUGGCAGAAAAAGCUCCAGCUGAUCACAUACAUCCCCAAGCCAGAUGAGUUUUUCAAGCCCCUCUACCACAACCAUGGAGGGAACUUCAAGGAGUGGGUGAAGCCUGUAUUCAACGAGUACGAUUACCUAAAGAUCAACUCACACGUUCAGACGAUGAGCGAGAAGCAACACGACAUCCUCCAGUGGAACAACGAGAAGCAAAGCUACGGCGAGGACCAUGAGACCAAAAAAGGUGGUCACUUCCUCCAUAUGCUGCAGCCUCACAGCAACUUGCUGCUGCACUUCCAGGACCGGGACAGUUCGCAGGGCACCAGCCACUCUGAGGGACACAUCUCCAUCCAUACUGUAACCCUGUCUGGAGAAGAGUUCGAGGAGGAGGUCAUGUCACAGAGCUCCGUGAACACCCUCAGGAGUUUCCAAGACGGAGAAAGCUUUGGUUCAUUUGAGGAAGACAACAGAGCGCACGCUGGCUAUGAUUUAGGGGGACCACAGCUGUCCAGCAUGGACAGACAAAGUGGGGUAUUACCACAGCAUGAGAACCAAAUAUCCAAUCAGUUAUCAGUGGAAAAUAUAAACUUUCAGCCACACGCCCAGUUUCAUGAACCAGAGAGGCUAUCACUCGACUCGUUCGCCUCAAACGAGCAGUCAGAAGACGGCUACCCCCAUGUGGACUUGGACACCAUUGACAGUGGUUUUGUAGAGUGCAGCAGCCCUGGGGCCUCGGACUCAAACACAGGAGAAAACAUAGACUCAGAUUUAUUUCAUGAGCACCAAAACUUAAAUUCUAACUACGUCAAGCAGUGGAUGAUAUGUAACACUAUUCAGGAGGACUCCAGCAACGCAGAGAAUGAACUACGGGAAACACCGUGAUUAUCGCUGCUGGUUUAAUGACACAAUUACAGUUUGUAGUUUAAAACAUGGGGACGUCGUUGACAUUUUCACAAAAGAUAUUUGAAUUAAAAGAAGAUUCUAGUUGUCCGGUCAGCACAUAAUCCUGUAUGUCUUGUUCAUCUUGAAAUGUUGAUCUGUGCACUUUUUACUUUGUAUGUAAAUAGUCAUGUUCCUUUGUCUGUGCUUUGCUUUUGAAAGACCAUUCAAAGAGUGUGCCAAUGUAAUAAUCUUCUCUUUUUCUAAUUGUCUUUUACGCUAACCCAUAAUUCAUCAAAACAAAUUUUAAAUGUAUCUAUUUAUUAAUAGAUCAUAGUAAAAAUUAUAUUUUAUUCUAAUGGAACACUUCAUAGACGACAACACAGGAUCAAAACGUUGCACACUGCCUUGGUUCAUACUGCUGGAGAAUGUCUUUUGUCACUGUAUUUACAGCUUCAUGCUCUCAUGGUCAUGCAUGCUUCAUUAGCCUGUGCUGCAGCCUUAGCAUGCCUGCUGCCUUAUCAAGAUGUCUGAUAAUGUUUGUUUUCCUUGUAUAUGCAUUUUGUCUGUAACCACUGUAACCAUCCAUCCUGUUUUGUGCGAUGUCAGUAAAAAGCAAACUGGAACAAA